AUGAAACCCACUUGUAGAAUCCUAACUAGUUGUCGAAACUCGGCGCUUUUCGGGUUCCCACCUGCAAAAUGCUACCAUGGUUUAGCAAAGAAGGGAAAUUUGUCCAAUUUUUGCGUCAAUUUUGAGCAGAUAUGCCAAUUUCAAACCAACCCUUUUCGUGUUUCGGGCUCAGGACACGUUUUCAAUGAUGCACUCAAAGCUUCUCAGGUUCCCAGUUGGAGUUUUGGCCAAUCUGGGGUUAUAUCUAGGUCUUAUAGUGUUGGCACAACUAGUAGGGGUGUUUCUGUGAUUGCUAGGCUUGCGUCCAAGUUUCGAAACCUUUCAACGUCAAUUGAGACCCGUGUGAAUGAGAACAAUUUUGAGAGGAUAUAUGUUCAGGGUGGUAUCAAUGUCAAGCCUGUGACAGUGGAAAGAAUUGAUAAGGAUGAGAAUGUUGUGAGAGAGGAAGAGUCGAGGAUAGAAGUUAGUGAUGAAAAACAGAAUGUAAGUAAUCAGGAAGGUUUGGAUGAAGCUAAGGUUGUGAAUGCGCAGAGAGAGUAUUCAGAUAUUGAGAAGGACGCAUGGAAGCUAUUGAGGGAUUCGAUUGUGACGUACUGUGGGACUCCUGUGGGGACUGUUGCAGCAAAUGAUCCGGGUGACAAGCAAACAUUGAAUUAUGAUCAGGUCUUUAUCCGUGAUUUUGUUCCGUCAGCGCUUGCAUUCUUGCUUAAGGGAGAAGGAGAGAUAGUGAAGAACUUCCUUCUUCAUACAUUGCAAUUGCAGAGUUGGGAGAAAACUGUUGAUUGCUAUAGCCCAGGGCAGGGAUUGAUGCCUGCAAGUUUUAAAGUUAGAACUGUGCCUCUCGAUGGGAAUAAAUACGAAGAAGUUUUAGAUCCCGAUUUUGGUGAAUCAGCUAUUGGCCGGGUUGCACCUGUGGAUUCUGGAUUAUGGUGGAUUAUUCUGUUGAGGGCUUAUGGAAAGAUAACUGGUGACUAUGCAUUACAGGAAAGGGUGGAUGUUCAAACAGGCUUGAAAAUGAUCCUGAACCUGUGCUUAACUGAUGGGUUUGAUAUGUUUCCUUCUCUUUUAGUCACAGAUGGCUCCUGCAUGAUAGACCGACGUAUGGGUAUCCAUGGUCAUCCCCUUGAGAUCCAAGCCUUAUUUUACUCGGCUCUUCGGUGCUCCCGUGAGAUGCUUGCUCUAAAUGAUGGAUCCAAGAUUUUGGUAAGGGCAAUCAACAACAGACUUAGCGCGUUGUCAUUCCACAUCAGAGAAUAUUACUGGGUGGAUAUGAAAAAGAUAAAUGAGAUAUAUCGAUAUAAGACAGAAGAGUACUCUACAGAGGCCACCAACAAGUUCAAUAUCUACCCUGAACAAAUUCCUUUGUGGUUAAUGGACUGGAUUCCAGAGGAAGGCGGGUAUUUUAUUGGCAAUCUACAACCAGCUCACAUGGACUUUAGGUUUUUCACUCUUGGAAAUCUUUGGUCCAUUGUUUCAUCUUUGGGCACUCCAAAGCAAAAUGACUCUGUACUGAAUUUGAUAGAAGCCAAAUGGGAUGAUCUUGUGGGGCAUAUGCCACUUAAGAUAUGCUAUCCUGCCUUGGAAUUUGAAGAGUGGCGUAUAAUAACUGGCAGUGACCCGAAGAAUACCCCUUGGUCAUAUCAUAAUGGUGGAUCUUGGCCGACACUCCUGUGGCAGUUCACAUUGGCGUGCCUCAAGAUGGGCAGAAUUGAUCUAGCUCAAAAGGCAGCUGAUUUGGCUGAGAAGAGGCUUCGAUCAGACCGCUGGCCUGAAUACUACGAUACCAGAACGGGGAAGUUUAUCGGAAAGCAAUCGCGACUGUACCAAACAUGGACCAUUGCUGGGUACCUCACAACCAAAAUGCUAUUGGAGAAUCCGGAGAAGGCGGCCUUGUUAUUCUGGGACGAAGAUUAUGAACUUCUUGAGAUCUGUGUUUGUGCACUUAGCAAGAGCGGCCGCAAAAAAUGCUCCAGAGGCGCUGCUAAGUCUCAGAUUCUCAUAUAA